CCGCGAGCGCAGCCUGUGGGCCGAUAGUGUUCUGCCAUCUUCUCUUCUCAGAUCUCCGCCGGAAGUGGAGGAAAAAAAAAGCCUGCAGAUUUGAAUCUACCUGCUUUCAAGCUAGUCAUCAUGAUGAAACUUAGACACAAUGCUUUUCCGACAUAGGCCAUUACAGAGUAUUGAGUAGAGUUCUCUAUGCUAUACGAAAAUAAAAAGCCAGGUAAAAGUUCCAAAGGCCGCAAGAAGAUAAGUUGGUUCCACACUCAGGUAACGUAUACCCGUUGUUGGCGACAAGGUCAGGAACAGGUUGCCCACCCUAGAAGAGGCCCACAAAACCAGCCUGCAAAGCAGAAUGGGAAGAAAGCAGCCACCAAAGUGGCCUCCGCUCCCCAGUUUGUUCACUCCAAUGAUCAUGCCAGUCGGGAGGCUGAAUUAAAGAAGAAGAGGGUUGAGGACAUGCGGGAGAAGCAGCAGGCUGCCCGGGAGCAAGAGAGACACCGACGCAGGACCAUUGAAAGCUAUUGUCAGGAUGUCCUGCGACGCCAGAAGGAGUUUGAGCGCAAGGAGGACGUUUUGGAGGAAUUAAAUAUGUUUCCUCAGUUGGAUGAUGAGGCCACAAGGAAGGCUUAUUACAAGGAGUUCCGUAAGGUGGUGGAAUACUCUGAUGUGAUUCUAGAAGUCCUGGAUGCCAGGGACCCAUUGGGCUGCCGCUGCUUCCAAAUGGAGGAGACUGUCCUGCAGGCAGAAGGCAACAAGAAGCUGGUCCUGAUCUUGAACAAGAUUGACCUGGUCCCCAAGGAGGUUGUGGAGAAGUGGCUGGAAUACCUUCGGAAUGAGCUGCCAGUCGUAGCUUUCAAGGCCAGCACCCAGCAUCAGGUCAAAAACCUGAAUCGCUGCAGUGUGCCAGUGGAUCAAGCCUCUGAGUCACUGCUGAAAAGCAAAGCCUGCUUUGGAGCUGAAAAUCUCAUGAGGGUUCUGGGGAACUAUUGCCGCCUGGGUGAAGUACGCACCCAUAUCCGUGUGGGUGUUGUGGGCCUUCCCAAUGUUGGGAAGAGCAGCCUGAUCAAUAGCCUGAAGCGCAGCCGUGCGUGCAGUGUGGGAGCCGUUCCUGGGGUCACCAAGUUCAUGCAGGAGGUCUACCUGGACAAAUUCAUCAGGCUGCUGGAUGCCCCGGGCAUUGUCCCAGGACCCAACUCGGAGGUGGGCACCAUCCUGUGCAACUGCAUUCGUGUGCAGAAGCUGGCGGAUCCUGUGACCCCAGUGGAGACCAUUCUGCAGCGCUGCAACCUGGAGGAGAUUUCCAGCUAUUACGGUGUCUCUGGGUUCCAGACCACUGAGCACUUUCUGACUGCAGUGGCCCACCGCUUGGGGAAGAAGAAGAAGGGGGGCAUAUACAGUCAGGAGCAGGCAGCCAAAGCUGUCCUGGCUGACUGGGUGAGCGGGAAGAUCAGCUUCUAUACACUCCCACCCUCCACUCACACUCUGCCUGCCCAUCUCAGUGCUGAGAUUGUUAAGGAGAUGACUGAGGUCUUCGACAUUGAGGAUACCGAGCAGGCCAAUGAGGACACCAUGGAAUGCUUGGCCACUGGAGAAUCUGAUGAGCUGUUGGGUGACAUGGACCCGCUCGAAAUGGAGAUCAAGUGGCUCCAUUCUCCGAUGGUGAAAAUAGCAGAUGCCAUGGAAAAUAAAACCACGGUGUAUAAGAUUGGAGAUCUCACUGGGUAUUGCACCAAUCCAAACCGUCAUCAGAUGGGGUGGGCUAAGCGCAACGUGGACCUUCACCCCAGGAACAAUAGCUCAGUGGAUGUCUGCCCAGUGGACCGCCGCCCGAUGCUACAGAGGAUCAUGGAGACAGACCCCCUGCAGCAGGGCCAGGCUCUGGCAUCUGCCCUGAAGAAUAAGAAGAAGCUCCAGAAGCGUACAGAUAAGCUCGCCAGCAAGCUGUCUGAUUCCAUGAUGUCCGCCCUUGACCUCUCUGGCAACGCUGAUGACAGUGCUGGUGACUGAUCCACUGAUCUCAUCUCCUUCCCCCACUCCAAGCAUCAGUUCCAGUGGAAAUAACAGAUAAAAUGGUUUGCUUCUCCCUGAAGCACCUACAUAUUAAAAGAGCCCCUUCCCCCAACCCCCCUUCCCUCCAUUCUCCAGGAAAAAAAAAGUCCCAAGUGUCUGAAACUGACAAACCCAAUACCCUUAUUUAAUCCGUACUCUGUUUUCAAGAGAAAUAAAAAAAAAUUAUCAGCAGAUCCCUUAUGCUAACAA